AGUCACCCAGCACAAUAGCACAUCGCCUUCCCUUAAAAAACCUCCUCCACCUCCGGGCGGAGCUUUCGAAGCUCCCUCCUCCCCCCUACGGCCCCACCCCCCUCGCAACCAUCACCACCGCCCACCGUUCCCACCGCCGCCGCCUCCUCUAUAUCCCACCGCCCACCACCCCCCGCAUGCCACACUCGCCCCCGCCGCCGCCGCCUCUACAUCCCCGCCCUCCUUCUCCCCGCAGCUGAUUGAUUGUCUCCUCCUCACUCCUCCCAACUGGGGGCCGCCGCCGCCGCCGCGAGAUCUCCGGCUGCCCGCGCCAUGGUCGCCGCCUCCGGCAUCGCGCCGCCGCGGGCCGCCGCCGCCCUCCCCGCCGCGCGGGCGCGCGCCGCGCACCGGCUCGGCUUCCUCCGAUCCCACUCGCAGCUGCCGGCGGCGGUGGCCGCCAAGCUCCGGUGCUGCGCUUCUGCCACUGACGACGGCGUCGUCGAGACGGCUGCCACCAAGCCCCGCCCCCCGAGGGUGGCCGGUAUGGGUUCAAAGCUCGUUGGAUGCGGCUCGGCCGUUCCAUCGCUUACCAUCUCGAAUGACGACCUCUCAAAAGUGGUUGAAACGUCAGAUGAGUGGAUCGCAACGCGGACCGGGAUUCGGAGCAGGCGAGUUCUUUCAGGAGAUGAAACACUGGGAGGGCUUGCAGUUCUAGCAGCACAAAGGGCUCUUGAGAUGGCUCAAGUAAGACCUGAAGAUGUCGACCUUGUUCUGUUCUGCACAUCUACUCCAGAUGAUCUAUUCGGAGCUGCUGGUCAGGUGCUGGCGGAGCUGGGGUGCAGCACAAAGACACUUGGCUUUGAUAUCACCGCUGCCUGUAGCGGAUUCAUUGUUGGUUUGAUUACAGCUACUCAGUUUAUCAAAGGUGGUGGUAAUUAUCAGAAUGUCCUAGUAGUUGGUGCAGAUGCUCUUUCACAAUAUGUGGACUGGACAGACAGAGGUACAUGCAUCCUCUUUGGUGAUGCUGCUGGUGCUGUUUUGGUCCAGGCAUGCAGUCCUGAAGAAGAUGGCUUGCUAGGUUUUUGUGCUCAAAGCGAUGGCAACGGGCAAAAGCACUUGCAUUGCUCAGGCUCGAACGCUGAGUCAAUCUUGUCCAAGACCAAUGGCGUCCCUGGUUUCCCACCAAAGAAGGGGACUUUCUCGUGCAUUGAAAUGAACGGAAAAGAAGUUUUUCGCUUUGCUGUACGUUGUGUGCCACAGUCCAUUGAGAAGGCACUAGAAGAGGCUGGCCUACCUGCCUCCAGUAUUGAUUGGCUGUUGCUUCACCAAGCUAACCAGCGGAUUAUCGAUGCUGCUGCUACUCGGUUAUCAAUCCCAUCAGAAAAGGUUAUUUCAAAUCUUGCUAAUUACGGCAACUCCAGUGCGGCAUCAAUUCCAUUAGCAUUGGAUGAGGCUGUUCGUGGCGGGAAGGUGAAGAAGGGUGAUAUUAUUGCGGCAUCGGGUUUUGGUGCUGGACUUACCUGGGGUUCUGCUAUUGUCAAAUGGGGCUAACUGUUUUUGCGCGACGAACAAUCACAACAAAUCAAACACCUGUUCCGAAGCUUUUGCCUGUAUGGCUCUAGGUUUUAAGCCUUUACAGGGUGAUUUACCCUUUCACUGCCUGGUAUAUUUUCUUUUAUACUGUUCUUGCGCAUGAACACAGUGGCACUUUGCCUUAUUCAUCUAUUCCUUUGGCAGUUUGGUCCGUUGCACAGCUUGGUUGUCAUUGCGGUUAUUGGUUAGCUGUGAGUUUGUAUAACUACUACUAGUUCUCUGUAGUAGUAGUAGUGGUGUGCGGGAGCAUUUUGCAUGUUGGAUGAGGAAUUGAAAGGAGAUUAUUACAUUGUAAAGUGGUAAUGGGCCUCCUUAGCAAGGUUUUCUCUGGCAUUUCCAUUGAACUGUGGUCCAUGUUAUGGCAUUUCAUAAAUAAACAUGUACUACAAGGACUAAGAUAUACUAUGAUUUGUUAUAUGCUGAGCAAAGCUGGUAAAGAGUUCUUUUUGUUUAA